UAGGGUCGUUAGGUGCAAAUGUGCCAGUUGAUUCUCAAAAGAUACUCAUGGUAUGUUUAAUUACGUUAAUCGUAGUAUAGUUUGUUAAUUUUUAUAUAAUCAUUUAAUAUUUCAUAAUUUAAUUAGUUAUUGCAAAAAUGUAUUAUGUAAGAUUAUAGAUUUACAAAUUUAUUGUGAAUUACUUAUUAUUGUUAAGAUCAACAAAUUAAAACUACAAAAUUAACAAAUUUCAAGAUUUCUGACUAUUUAUUAAUUUCAAUACGAUAAAAAUAACAUUUCACUAAGAUCACGUGAUUCGAGUUCUAUUCAAAAAAUAAGCAAUGGAUAACCAAGAAGAAAAAAACUACAUCAUUAACUAUCACUUAUUGAAGAUUUACAAAAUGUAUCAUUUAUUUUAUCCAAAAAACAAACCUGGCUUAAAAAUUGGAAAGUAUAACAUAAACUAUUAUGCUAUUAAACCAUUUCUAUUGUUUCUUGAUUUAAUAGUAUUUAUAAGCUGUUUUAUUGGGUUUUACUUUGUGUUUAAUGAUUUGUACGCACUUUUUCAAAUAUCAGUAUCAUUCCUAUGUGAUUUUACCAGAAUUUUCAAAUCUAUAAGACUUAUGCGGAAAUUUGAUGAACUUUGGAAGUUAUUUGAUGUGAUGAGAGAUGAUUUUUUAUCACAUAAUUGUCACAGAAAAGAUAUAUUUCAGCAUUAUAAGAAAAAAUGCAUAGUAAUGAUAAAUAUUUAUGCAUUGAUAUGGUUCACAGCUCUUAUUAUAUGGAUUUUAAAUCCUUUAAUGAUGAAAGAGGUCUCUGUUGAAAAUCGACAAGGCAAUUUUGUAAUUUAUAGAAAUACUCCGCUCCAAAUAUUUUUUUCUAUUAUGUCGUAUGAACAAUACGAAAAAAUGUACGCAUUCAUUUAUUUAAUAGAAUCAGCUGUUCUUGUGAAUUCAGUUUUAGACAUUUUACUAUAUGACAUUACUGUAAUUGAGCUAUGUUGGAUGUUAUCUGCACAAUUAAAAAUUUUUGCUUCUAAAUAUGAGAAUUUUGGCUAUCAACAUACAAACAAUGAAGAAUCCAAUAAUAACAGUUCUGUCGACAAUUUUAGGAAUAUAAUUGUAAAUCACAUAAUAAUUAUUACCUAAACAUCAAUACAGUCGUGUGAUUUUGUGAACAUUAUAAGUUUUCAUAACCUCGUGGAAACAAAAACUUCAGUUUUUAACAAAAAAAUAGCUUUUGUUUAACUAACAAACUGUAGA